AUGAAGUACGCCUCCACCAUCCUCCUCGCGGCUUUCGCUGCCACCAACGUCUUUGCCCACGGUGUCAUCGACUCCGUCCAGGGUGCCAACGGCGUCAACCUGCCCGGUCUUUCUUUGAUCGACGGUACUCCCCGUGAUUGCGCCUCUCCCCGCUGCGGCUCCGAGGCCGACACUUCCAUCAUCCGUGAUCGCGAGCUCGGCACCGGCCGAGCCUCCGCUCUCGGCCGCACCCAGGGUGGUGGUCCCGUCGACGCCGCCGCCAUGGUCCAGACCUUCAUGAACGGCGCCGCCGGCAACACCACCGCCGUCAAGAAGGCCCGCGAGAUCCACGAGGCCAACAUGGCUCGCCGCAGCCUCGUCGCCCGCCAGGCCGGCAAGGGCACCAAGACCCCCAAGGGCACCGCCGAGACCGGUGUCAAGGCCGCCACCGGCAUGGCUGCCCAGGGCGGCAUGCCCACCACCGCCGACGACGGCACCCUCAAGAUGACCUUCCACCAGGUCAACCAGGACGGCGCCGGCCCCCUCAAGGCCGACAUCGACGGCACCUCCGGCGGCACCGACCCCUCCGCCUUCAAGACCGCCGAGGUCACCCAGAACGUCCCGGGUAUCGGUAUCGGUGGCCUUUCCGGCGCUUCUACCAUGGACUUCCCCGUCGCCGUCAAGAUGCCCGCCGGCAUGACCUGCGACGCCAACGUCGGUGGCGCCAGCAACGUCUGCGUCGCCCGCCUCCGCAACGCCGCUCUCGCCGGUCCCUUCGGCGGCUCCGUCGCCUUCACCCAGUCCGCCACCGCCCGCAAGCGCGCCAUCGAGUUCAACAUCGCCAAGCGCCGCGCUGCCCGCUCCUUCCAGGCCUAA